AACACAUAACUCAUCUCAGUCGCAUUUGAUGGCAGGUUCUACUCUGUGAAACAGUCUAUAGAUCCCUCAAGUCCUAAAAGAAGAAAGGAAUAUUACUAAAUACAAUAUUUACCAUUUCUAAACACAGGGGACGAAUCAGUUAUAUACAUUGUUCAGACAUUUUCAGAGAUGGGCAACAAUCAGUCAGCUCUUACAGAACGUGGCUACACCCUGGUGAAUGAACAGGAGAAGAUGAUGCUGGUGAAAAAUGAAAGUGGUGAUCAGUUUGUCAUUAAAAAGUUCAGAGAUGCCCGGGGAGAUGGGUCAAACUUUCUCCUUCAGCUUAGUCAUCCACACAUCGUACAUCAUAAGGAAAUCUUUACAGAUGAGGGUAAUGUGUAUCUUGUAUUGGAGCAUUGUGAGGGUGGAGAUCUCGCUCAAAAAAUGGAGGGGACGGUUACAUUUUCUGAGAAUGAGGUUCUAGACUGGAUUGUGAUGACCUGCAUGGCAUUAAAGUACCUGCAUGAUCAAAAGAUCCUACAUAAAAACCUGCAGCCAAAGAGUAUAUUUUUCACUGCAUGUGGAACCAUUCGUCUUGGAGAGUUUAGAGCAAUUAAUGAACGGUCCACAGACAGGAGGCUUGUCGCACCUGAGAUUUUGAGUGGCAGACCUUAUGAUGAGAGAUCUGAAAUUUGGAGUUUGGGAAAUUUCAUCGAGAUGAGCACGCAGAACCGUGUUACCUUAUCUGAGGACCUUAAUCAGCUGGUAAAAGACACUCUUCAGAUUAAUCCAGCAAAACGUCCAUCUGUCAGUGAGAUCUUAAUGAGGCCUUUUAUCAUCAAACACCUUUAUGAAAAGAGCAAGCAAACUAUUGAAGAGCUUUAUGAGACUCUAGAUGCACUGAGAAAGCUGGCUGAUGGUUUGGAGAAAGUCCACUUCAACACAACUGUUGGCAGUCUCACAGGAGGUGUAGUAGGAUUGGCUGGAGGAAUCACAUCUGUGGUUGGAGCUAUUCUCGCUCCGUUCACUCUCGGAGCGUCUCUGAUAGUAACAGGAGUGGGAAUCGGUGUAGCAGUAGUUGGUGGAGUAACAGCUGGUGCCAGCAACAUAACAAACAUGGUUAACCAGCGUGCAAACCGCCAAAGGAUCAAAAAGAUGAUAACAGAGUUCCAAGAAAAAAUUACCUCCACAAGCUGCUGCAUCCAAAACAUAUCAACAGGAGUGGAAAGUCUACAAAGAGAGUUUUCCACAAGCAAUGGAUCAUUUUCCAGGGCACAGUCUGAGGCAAAUUCUGGAGUUCGACUUGGACGAGGUCUGGGAGGAAUUCCAGAGCUUGUCCGUUUAAUUGAAGUGGCAAAUGUUGGGAAAGUUGCAGCUCAGGCUGCAAGAGCUGUUCGUGUGGCUGAAGCAGCUACAGGGGUUUUAUCUGCACUUUUUGUAGCGGUUGACGUCUUCUUUGUGGUUCUCGACUCCAGAGAAAUCCACAACAUUCGCAAAGCUCGUGGUUUAAGAGAGCGUCAACAGCAAUCAACAACUUGCGCUCGACAAACAAGAGAGGAAGAGCUGAAAUCUGAGACCAUGAAAUUUGUGAAAAAAAUAAGGGAAACUGCAGAUGAGCUUCAAACGACUCUAGAUACACUACAAGAUGCAAUGCAACUAAAACCUCAAAAAGAAGAAAGUGGUUGGUUCUUGUUUGUUUUACUUGUGUUGUUGUUAUAUAUGUUGUUUAUAUUCACUGCACACUAGUAAUCCGCUUCAUCAUCUUACAGGACAUCAGAGCACAUGCUCUACAUACAAACAAACAAAGCAAGAAGCAAGAGUUUUAAUCUGAGACCAUGAAAUUUGUUAAAACUAUAAGAAAGAUUACAUGUGCUUCAGAUGACUCAGGAUACUUUAAACAGCACAAUACACCAAAACCCUGAGACAUCCGACACAGAUAAUUAAGAAUUAGUCAUGGCAGCACAAGAUAAAGUAUCUAUUGACUAUAACAACGGCUUACUGUAUAUUCUGGGUUUUUUAUGAUAAAGGACCUAAAAAUAAUAUUCCUUGUGUGGGUAAUUUCUAAAGAAAACUUAUUAAGAAGCAGAUAAGCAUUAAACUUGCUCUACUCCCAAUUUCUGUAAUUUUAUUCAUGCUAGAAAUGUAUGUUAUUGAGGCUUUUUCUAGUGAUUUCUCAAUGUUUUGAAGAGUUAAAAAAAAGGGACAACGUAAGCUCUUUUUUGUGUAUACAAGACUUUGCAAGAGGAUGUGAUUAUUAUUACUUGGGGCCUGAGCACCGAUGGUGUGGGGACCUUAUUGUAAUUGCUCGGCCAAUUCUUCUUCUUCUCCGAAAUGAAUCACAUUUUUGAGGGCCUAAACAUGCUCGAAAACUCAUGAAACUUUGCAGAUGCAUCAGAAGUGGUGAAAAUUACAUCUGAUAUGGGUUUCAGAAUUAGGUGUGGAAAAAUGGCUCGAUAGCGCCACCUACAAAAUUUCAAUAAGGCACCCUUCGCGCUACGUUUCAGGUACAGGUAUGAAAUUCGACAGACACAUGUAACAGCCCAAUACCUACAAAAAAGCCCCAGGGUGCAAAAUCUGUAAACCAACAGGAAGUGAGAUAUUUUGAAUUUUCUCUGCAAAGUUUUUGCAAUGUCGGAUCUGCCCCAAACUUCACGUUUUAUUAGAGUCCUGGCCUGAACACAUCUACAUGGCAAUAUUCAGUUACAGUCAUAGCGCCACCUGUGGGUAAAAGGAAAUUACAUGUUUUACACUGUGAUUAACUCCUCACAGAGAUUUAACCAGAACCACAUCAUAUAUGGUCAGUCUAAUCUUAAGGCCUUAGCGAUGUUAAAUUGUGAAGAUCUUGAGUUUUCGCUGAAGGGCGUGUCCGUGGUGGCCUGACAAAGUCUGAUGUUUCACCAUGAAACAGGAAGCUGUUUCAUGGCAUACAAUGUCUGAUCUGCCCCAAACUUCACAUGUGUGAUAAGAGUCCUGGCCUGAAGACAUCAACAUAGCAAUAUUCGGUUACAGUCAAAGCGCCACCUGUUGGAAGAAGGAAGUGUGGCACUUUAAAAUGACUUUACCAUAAUUCUCCUGUAUUUACUCGCUUACAUGCAUGUCGCCCACUGUUCACUGUUUUCCUAAGGCCAACGGGUGGCGGUGAGCCCGGGUGCGAGGGCCCUUUCAUCGCUGCUUGAAGCUUUAAUACUACAAUUGUAAUUUUCUUUCUGCAGUGUCAAUUUAAUGUCAUAACUGAUUUAUCAUAUAAAUUAAUCAUCAAUUAAUCAUUCAAUGACAAGUCUUCAAAUUACAUGUGAUUCACAGUGUCAUUCAGUCUGGACAUUGUUUUGCAUUUGCACCAUUUUCCUGUCUGUUUGUUACUAUGGUUACUGAUUUGAAUUGCCAUCACAUUUAGCUUGGUUAUCAUUUUUCACCUUGUUUUCCUCUAUAUGUAAGAUCCUGUGUUUUCAGUUCACAUUUGUCUGAUCUUGUCGAAGUAUGGUUGUGUUUGCCAUCCAUCCUGCCUUCGUUUGAAUUUCUCCAUGGAUAUUAUUAAAGACUAUUUUGAAUCUAA